UACGUGCAUGUGUCCAUGUUACGUCUCAUAAAAACGUUGGUUAAAGCGUUGGCUUAUGUUCUUCAUCGCUAUUUUUUUUGAUUAACUACAUCAUAACAGAAAGUUGAAAUUAAAUAUAAUUUUAAACAACAAAAGUAAUGGAUAAAUUUGGGUUUUCUCAAUCAUUUAGUUUUAUAGAUAUAUCUGUACUUAUUUUUUGAAGUAUAUAAAGAGCAUCGAAUUAUGAUGGCUGAAUGUUAAUUUAUAAAGAGAUAUUUUAGAGAAAAAUUAAAUUAAUAUCUAAAAAAUGAAUGAAGAAGACAAAUUGAUAGAACCUGUAGCAACUAGCGCGAAAUCUAAAAAAAUUGUUGCUAUUGAUAAGAAAACCGUUCAUCAAAUUUGUUCUGGACAGGUAGUACUCGAUCUUGCUGGUGCAAUUAAAGAAUUAGUAGAAAAUAGCCUUGAUAGUGGAGCUACUCAAGUUACAGUUAAAUUAAUAAACUACGGAAAAACUAGUAUUACUGUAAUUGACAAUGGAAGUGGUGUCGUAGAAGAUGACUUUGAAGGACUUGGUUUAAAACAUCACACAUCCAAACUACGUGAUUUUGUUGAUCUUCAAGAUGUAUCAACAUUUGGAUUUCGUGGUGAAGCUUUAAGUUCGCUUUGUGCUUUGUCAGAUUUAACUGUUACCACAAAACAUGAUAACAAUGAAUAUGCGUAUAAAUUACAAUUUGAUAAAAACGGAAAUUUGCAAAAAAAAGAAGUAUGUGCACGUGAAAGAGGUACAACAGUAUGUGUACAAAAUCUUUUCAAAAGUCUUCCAGUCAGAUAUAAAGAAUUUGAAAAAAACAUUAAAAGAGAAUUUGGAAAAGCUGUUAAUAUAUUAAAUGGGUAUUGUUUAGUAUCAGUAGGAGUUAAAAUAUUAUGUACAAAUGUACUUGAAAAUAAAUCUAAUAACGUAGUAGUAUCAACAACUGGAACUGGUAACGUUUUAGAAAAUGCUGUCUCUGUUUUUGGAAAAAAAAUAAUUCAUGGUGUUGAGAAUAUUGAAAUAGUAUCUCUGGAUGAAGAUACUCGUCGAGAAUUUAAUUUAUCUCAAAAAGAUGAAGUCAAUUUUACGUGGGAGUUUUAUGCUAGUAGCUGUGAACACAAUAUGGGUCUUAAUUCAUCGAAUAGACAAUUUUUCUUUGUUAAUGGUCGACCAUGUAAUCUAGCGAAAAUUUCUAAAUUAAUUAACAACAUAUAUCAUAACUAUAAUAAUAAACAAUAUCCAUUUGUUUAUUUAAAUUUAAAAUUGAAUCAAGAAGCAGCAGAUUUUAAUGUAACUCCUGAUAAACGAACAAUAUUUCUCAUUCAGGAAAAGUUAGUAUUGGCUACAAUAAAAAUUAGUUUAUCAAAAAAAUGGGAUAAAAUGCAAGGAAUUUUCAGUGAAGCAGGUUCAAUUCAGUUCCAAAGUACGUUAAAACGUAACUUUUCGAGUACAAAUGCUACUUCAAGUACGAAAUCAAGUCCACCUACCAAAAGAAAAUUAAUGGAUUUAGAAUUUUUUGAGGACAUGGAAAGAAAUGAUUCUCAAAUAUUUUCAUCAUCAAAAAUACAUCGAAAUAAAUCUAAAUUGUAUUUACCAGAAAAGAUACCGGAUUCUGAAAUGAAAAUUAGUAUAGAAUCUAUCCGGAAAGCAAUUGAGUCCAAACUUAAAUUACAAAAAGAAAAAAAGAACAUAAAAUAUCAAGUCAAAUUUAAAGUAGAUUUAGAAAUGGCUAAUAAUACAUCGGCGGAAGAAGAAUUAAAUAAACAUUUGACUAGAGAAAGUUUUCUUAAGAUGGUACCUAUAGGACAAUUCAAUUUAGGAUUUAUAAUAGCUAGGUUGGAAGGUGAUUUAUUUUUAAUUGAUCAGCAUGCAUCUGAUGAAAAAUUUCAAUUUGAAAAAUUAAAUAAUCAAACAAAAUUGAAAACUCAAAAAUUGGUAGCACCUAAACUUUUGAAUUUAACCGCUUUAAAUGAGUCAAUAGCUAUUGAAAAUAAAGAUUUACUUGAAGCCAAUGGAUUCUCAAUUAAAUUUAAUGAAGAUGGUGAGUCAGGAAAACGCCUUCAAUUAGUUGAAAUACCAGUAAGUGGUAAUUGGCAAUUUGGCCAAACAGACAUAGAAGAAUUACUUUUUCUAAUAAAAGAAGGAGAUUCUGAUGGAAUUAAAAAUCAAGUUUUAAAUAAAAAAAUUUUAAGACCUAGUAGAGUACGAGAUAUGUUAGCAUCGCGAGCUUGUCGAAGUGCAGUGAUGAUAGGUACAGCUUUAAAUCAUUCAGAAAUGUAUCGAAUAAUUACACAAAUGAGUCAAAUAUCAAGACCAUGGAAUUGUCCUCAUGGAAGACCAACAAUGAGACAUUUAUUAUCUCUUAAAUAUAUCAUGGAUGAAUAAAAUAUUCCGAUAUUUUUUGAAAAUAUUUUCUUUAUUUAGUUUAUACACUAAUGGUACGAAAUAUAUUAAAACCAGAAUGAGCUGUAGAAAUGAUUGUACCCGGACACUGAGGAUGCCAGUGAAGUUCUUUGAUAUCAGACUGCCCUUGAUGAAUAAAUAAUAAUUGAGGUGGUAA